AUGAGGAGUUUGAUCGUGUCGAUAUUUUCUGCACAGAGAACACUUGCUGCAGGAUUUUUAAAUUUUAAUGUCGAGAAAACUAAAAAGGUCUGCGAUUACGACCCCGCCUACCUCUGCGGCGAGAACAACGAAUUAUGUGGAUCCUGGAGCUGUAAUGGAGACAGUGAAGACUCUACCUGCAAUCUCAUCUGCGCAGACGGCUCAACAGGCGGCUCUCGCCAAUGCUCUUGCCACAAGUCCCACGGUCGCAACAAAAUCUUUACCGGCUGCAAGUGGAGAGAAAGAAGCUCUCCUAGCUUUUGCCAGCCUGUACAAAUCGAAGAUGAAGAAAAUUUUAAAGUAGAAAAUGAAGAAACUGAAGAGAAAGAAAAAGUUUUCGACGAUUUUCUUUCAAAAAUUAUUAUUGAAAAAGAAGCAAUGGAAAAAUCAACGAUAGACGAGGUCUUCUCGGGAGUCUUUCAAAAAUGCGAAGAGCAACUUCCAGGACUGGUUCAUUUUUUCGUUGAUAAAAUUAAGAAUUGA